AUGCGUGGCUUAAUGGUAUUGUGCUUGGUGGCCUUGAGCUCAGCUGCUCCCCAAGGCUACAAUUAUCCAAAUCAGGCUAGUGGCCAGUUUUUACUGCCGUCUGCCCCAGCUUCUGCCACUGGAUAUCCAAGUGGUCAUUCCUAUAAUCACCAUCAACAACAACCUUUGGUCUCAAAACGUUUCUUCAUUCACUCGGCUCCAGAGGAAGAAGAGACAGAAGUUGAACACCGCGACAUAGUCAUUGGUAGUCCUCGUAGGAACUUUAACAUUGUCUUUGUCAAAUCACCCUCCGGUGGACAACAUAGAACUAAGGUGCGCGUAAUCCCAGCUCUCAAUGAGGACAAAACUGUCAUCUAUGUGUUGGCCAAGAAAACUGAGGGGGCACAAAUUGAGACGCAUGUUGAAGAGCCCGCUACCACUACCAGCAAACCUGAGGUAUUCUUCAUCAGAUACAAGACUAACGAAGAAGCUGAGCAUGCACAACAUAAAAUUCAAGCCGAAUAUGAUAACUUGGGGGGUACCAGCAUAAUUUCCAAUGAAGGCAUAUCGCCCAUCUCUUCGGUUAUUGGCAGUUUGGAUAAUUCUGGUUCUGGUGCUGAUUUCGGACCCGCAACGGUUGGAGAUUUUGGCAGCUCAGGUGUUGCCUUCAAUGGUGCCGGUACUCCCAGUUCUGCCUAUUUGCCACCAGUGAACAAAAUCUAA